AUGGCUUCAGCACAGAUCCAAACUCUCUUGAGAUUCUUGUCGCAAGAUGUCAAGGUUCCUUUGGCUACGGCAAUGGGCAAAACAUUAGAGCUGCAGAAAGCUAAUCUGAUAACGAUAGAACAAAUCUCGAAAGCAAACCUGGAAAUAUUGGAAGGCAUUUUCAAUGAUAAGAAGAUUGCGAAGCAAGUUCUCAAUGCCGCCAAACGGAUAUCCAAGAAGCGAGGAGCUUCGGAUGAUACCAAAUCAUCACCCCAGAAACGCAACAAAAGCUCCAAACCAUUGAAAAAAGACUCUACUCCAUUUGAGAUUGAAUCUUCACUCAGUUUGCCCAGCACUGCUGUCAACGAAGAUGAACUGAGCGGUACUGUGGUCGUCACAAACCGAGCACCUCUUGUACUUGCCUUCGCGGUGUGCGUUUUGAAGUACACAAUGCCAGAACAGCCACUUUCCAGUAGACUCAGUCUGGCCCAGGCCGUGGUUUCAGCCAACAGUCGCACCAAAGCUGCGAGUCUGGGACUUGAAGAAGGCAACUCUGCUGAGCAAGAAGGCUGGGGAGAGGGUCACCCCAUUGUCAAAGUUCUUGGUAGAGACAUACGGGUGUUAAAACGAUGGGACUAUGAUCCAAACGAAGGGAAGCCACCAAUUGAGACCAAGACAGAAGAUCAAAGUGAGAACACGCAGGACAAACAAAACCAAAUGCCUCCACUAUGGGGUGUGGAUUUGGAAGCGCUCAGAGGCAAAGAUUCCAAUCACAACACUGGUCGGCAUCAAACCACCGACAACACACUGUCCAUAUUCAGGCCCGAAUCUGCACGCUCGUAUCUUUAUCGAGCAUUUUCAAAGCCAGCCGAAGAAGGGAAAACAGCCCCAAAGAAGAAGUCGGUUGCAAGUAUUGAAGACGAGAAAGAAGAAUGCCUUGGCCGUAUUUUAUCUGCCAUUGAUAUGGUCUGCCAAUCAUGGGUUCCGAAGUUGGAUCAAGCGGAGCUGGACAGACGUGCUUGGUCUUGGUACAUUCGCGUGCGGCCCGAUGUUCAGAGUGGAGUACAAGGCUGGGGCGAGAAGGGACAGGUGAAGUUAUCUGACAUUCUCGCUCUACGGAGAGGAAUUUGA